AAAUGAGGAAGUAAAUCACAACGAGAGAGGGUGUUGAGAUCGACAGUCGACAUGUUGAGCUUCGUCCUCGUAGUCAGUGGUGUGGCCAGUAUAUUAGGGGGUGAAGUGCUUGACUCUGGAAACAAACCUGAGUUUCCCAUCGGUGACGUUCGAGCGUGUUACAGAGAUAACCAAAAACUUGAGCGUUUUGAGGUUCUGCCUGGUCAAGGCUGGGACAACCUGCGGAACGUGGACUCCGGCCUCGUUGUCGUCUACAACUACUCCAGGUGUCGGACAACUGAAGACGGCCGUUACCUCAUCCCUGAUACAGUCAACACCAUCCCUUUGAAGGCAAGUAAGCUGAACGUUUAUGCUGAACUAAUCUCUCACUGGUCCAACUAUACCAGUACCACGGCUCACGGUGUAAAUAUCGACGCGGGUCUUCAUUUUGACUCGGUGAAAGUCAGUGGUACAUUUUCUUCGGGCUAUGAGAAUGUGAAGUCCAAACAGAUAGGUGAUAGGUCCUACACAACCCGAGUCCAACUGAGAUACGUUCGCUACUCAGCCAAGCUGCAGCCCGACGCCGCUCUUCAUCCCACGUUCAAGUCUCGUCUGCUCAGUAUCGCGGGAAGUCUGCAACUGAACAAGACGGACCAAGCACGCUAUGACAGUGAACUUCUUGUGCGGGACUUCGGUACACACGUCAUCACCAAUGUAGAUGCCGGUGCCGCCUUGGUGCAGGAGGACCAGGUGUCUGCGGAAUUUGUGAACAGCAGGAAAUUCUCAAAGAGUCAAAUAACGACUGGAGCGAGUGCUUCUUUUUUUGGGAUUUUCAGUUUCGGUGUUUCUUAUCAUUCUUCUACGUCCAAUGAAGUGAAGACAGCAUAUGAACAGCACAGAUCCUCCUCUCAGAUCGAUACUCUAGGAGGUCCUAUGUUCAAGGCCUCCAACUUCACAGCCAACGACUGGACUAACGAGGUUGACUAUGAACUGGUGGCCGUGGAUAGGUCUGGAGACCCCCUCUUCUUCCUUAUCAACUCUGCCUCUCUCCCCGAGCUUCCCAACUCCAUCCUUUAUCAACUUCAGAACCUUGUUCAGGAGACAAUUCUGCAUUACUAUGAGUUUAACACAUACAGGGGAUGUACUGAACUGGACUCGCCUAACUUCAGCCCUGCCGCCAACCUGGAUGACGGAACGUGUAAAAGUCCCUACACUAAUCUGACAUUUGGUGGAGUUUUUCAAACCUGUAGUAUGUCCUCAGGAUCAAACAACGGCGACCUCUGUUCUGGCCUCGACCAAGUGAACCCUAAGACAGGAGGACAUACCUGUCCAGAUGGGUAUGAACCAGUAGAACUGCACACAGGACGCCUGUCCGACUCGAAGUCGGUCCACUCUUGUCACUCCUGCUGGCUGUUCUUCAAGUGUUGCCACGACAACUAUUACCACAGCGAGGCAACCUACAUCAUGCAUUGGUGCGCAGCUACGGGUCCGGUGUCUCAGGAGACUGGUUACCUCUUCGGAGGCCUGUACACGUCACAGCUUAACAAUCCUCUCACUCAAGGAAAGACUUGCCCUGUCAACUUCUACACUCGCACCCUGGGGAAGGACCUCCACAUCUGUAUCAGUGAUGACUACGAGCUGGCUAUGAAGUAUUCCAUGCCAUUCGGAGGUUUCAUCAGCUGUACAACUGGUAACCCCCUUGCUAUGACCCCUAAACCUGAGGGUAACAAGAACUCGGCCUUGCCAUCACUGCACUCGUUCUUCCAAAAAUCCAAAAGCUGGCCCAAGCACUGUCCUAAAGGCUACAGUCAACAUCUGGCCUACGUCGAUCAAGGCUGUGAGAUCAACUAUUGCCUGAAGGCGGGUUCCUUGUCAGAAGUUGGACUUCCCAAAAUCCGUCGGCCGCCAUUCCAGUCUGCUCCUCUGUUGCUCCCAAGCACUGACAAUCAGGUGGUGUUUGACCCCUUGACCCUGACUUGGCGUAAAAAUCAAGAGGCAAUGCAGUUCAUCAAUGCACAGGGCGGUGAGGCCACUUCGUCGUCUACCGGAAGUGCUAUGUCUGCUGGGGCAGCAGCUGGAAUCGCUGUGGCUGCUACUCUCGGGUGUGUCGUCAUCUCCACCCUCAUCAUCGUUCUUAUCAAGCGACGUCGAAAGUCAUCGUCGGUAUAUCGCAAGCUUGCAAUUGACGACCCCCUUCUGUCUCCACAAAUUAACUAUGGUUCAACCGGAAGUGAUGCUGUCAAUGUAAACGUAGAGUAAUCUCACUGGAACUCAAGGUGAUUUUCAAUUCUUUUCCAAUGAAGGACUAGUUUACAAGGACUUAUGGGGAACUACCUGUGCCCAACAUUCUCUGUUUAUGAACAAUUUGCAUCCUAUAAAAUAUCCUUUGUCUACUUUGUCAUAGUAUCAGGUGCAAUAAUACGCCACUUCCCUCUUGCAAAGCCGAGACGCCAUCAUGGUUAUAAUAGGUUCUUAAUGAAUGAUAUCCAUUGUUUACAAUGUAAAAUAAUUCCGAUUUAUAACCAUAAAAUGAUAUUGUCUUGAA